AUGCUCAUGAUGAAUCCUUUGAGCUUGUUGAAGCAGUAUAUCGAGGGCUCCUCUCACAAGCCUACCAGUGAAGAGACAUUCGAUCCAAAGGUGCACCUCAACUACACUCCACCUUCGAAGAAAUUUACAAUGCAAGACUUGCUUCUCAAUCAGAGUCCAAAUGCUUCGCCCAUUGCAGGAACAGUGCCGUUUCCAUUGUUGUCAGCUAAAGGUGUCAAAGCCUAUCGAAACGCCCUGUUCCAAAAGGACGUUUUAGACAACUGUGCCAGUUCACCAUUCUCAGGGACUUUGGUCCUUCGCGAUGCGGUGAAGCAUUCAAAGUUUGUCAAUGACUUUUGGACAAACCCCGAAACAAUGAGAAUUGUGUCUGAAGCAGCCGGUGUACCUCUGGAGGUGGUGAUGCCAACGGAAAUAGGGCACACUAACAUUCAAGUUGAAGGCACUACCGUCGCCGAAAUGACCAGCAAUCUUAAAGCUGAGCCGGCGGUUGAAAAAGUCGAGUUGAGUUCUGAAGACCGAACUUACAAUCCCUUGAAAGAUGCCAGUGCUAUCAUUCCGUGGCACUACGACUCGUAUCCUUACGUGUGUGUAUUGAUGUUAAGCGGUACCGAGGGUAUGAUUGGAGGCGAGACAUAUAUCAAAAGGGGAGACGGAGAGGUACAGAAGAUUGAGGGCCCCCAAAUUGGCCAUGCUGUCAUGCUCCAAGGCGGUGAAGUCUGUCAUCUAGCUGCCCGGGCGAAAGGUGUGAAGGAGCGGAUAUCGACCAUCACUUCGUACCGUUCUACCUUGCCAAACGUUUAUGACUCUAGCUAUAUUACAAACGUCCGCCCUUAUGCGGAUACGGGCUCUCUAUAUCCUGAAUGGACACAAUAUCGUUUGCGAAAACUGAGAGAUGAACUUACUAAUUAUCUCGACAAGACGGAGAAGGGAGGGAAUCCCGGACAAGAAAGAAAGACAGUACAAGCUCUUAUAAAUCAGCAGAUCGAUUACUUACGACGAACAUCUCGACAAAUGGUCGACCCUGAGUUCACCCAGCAAGUCUUGAGGAAAUAUGGUCGGCCGUCAUACUACGAUGCACCUAGAAUUUGGGAGACUGUCCGAUCACUACCAGAAUUUGACAGCCUUGCAUCAGCCGCGGAUGAGGAGCGGCGUUGGCACCCGGGGAGUGUCUACUGGAUGGACUUACUGGAAUCCAGCGAAACGAUACAAGCAGGGAAGCCUCUUCAGAGUGUUUUUGGAACCGCUGUGUGGGAUAAGACGAGGACGUACUAUAUGGGGGAUGAACUUUUGCGACAAGGGCUCAAUGAGAUGUUCUUGGAUUGGCUGGGAUGCUCAGGUACCUGGGAGCUUUACUGCAGCACUUUAUUGACUGAGGAUUGA